CGUUGAACGAUGCAUGCCCAGUAUUUGACUAGAAGCAUAAAGCCCUAAUUUCAAAUUUGCCAAGAAUGAUCUUAACAUAUUGAAUUUGUUUUAGCAAUAGAACCUAAUUUCGAGCUGGAAUUCCUACUCCGCCGAGCUGUUAUCUUGUAAGCUGUGGUGAGAUCUCAUUAGAAGGUGCUGUUUCUGCUGAAAUGGAUUGGUCAGAAGAUAAUUUGUGCAUAAAAGCUUAGAGCUGUUAUCUUGUAAGCUGCGGUGAGAUCACAUAAGAAGGUGCUGUUUUCUGCUGAAAUGGAUUGGUCAGAAAAUAAUUUUUGCAUAAAAUGUAAUAAAGGUGGGAAUGUGCUGCUUUGCAGUGGAAGGGGGUGUCCUUUAGUUGUUCAUGAAGGGUGUUUGGGCUGCCCAGCUAGAUUAGAUGAUGCAGAGCGCUUCUUUUGUCCCUAUUGUGGGUACAAGCGAGCUGUUGCAGAGUCGCGUAAAGCUAGGGAAUGUGUUUUGGCUAGAAAGAAAGCUUUGUUGAUUUUUAUGGGUGGCAGUGGAAUGGAUAUGGGAGAAAAUAAGACAUUUGCGGACAAUAGGCUUAAUCGAUCAAAAAUUGUUGAUGCGGAUGAUGGUAAGAGUAAGUCUAAAAACGAUGGAUUUAUUGAUCGACGUUGUAUGCUUGGUAGAGACGGAAAGAUUGGCAAAACAGAAGAGGAUUCUGAAUCUUCUGAUGGUUCUGAUGGUGAGGAUCCUUCACUUAUGAUGAAUGGGGAAAAUGGUAAUGGAACCGUGGAAGGGAAACAGAUUCAGGAAGAGAAGCGUGAAGUUUCUGUAGAAAAGAAAAAUAUUCAGGAAGAGGAGCGUGAAGCGUCUGUAGAGAAAGAAAAUAUCCAGGAAGAGGAACGUGAAGCUUCUGUAGAAAAGGAAAAUAUUCAGGAAGAGGACCGUGAAGCGUCUGUAGAGAAAGAAAACAUUCAGGAAGAGGAACGUGAAGCUUCUGUGGAAGAAGAAAGUAUUCAGGUCAUGGAUUGUGGAACUUCGUCUGCUUCCACCAACCGAGACUCCUCACUAAAUGGGGGUGCAAGAGCUAAGAGAGGAUCAAAAAGGAGCAAGCCCAUAGACAAAGAGCCCGAAACUGUUUCAGCGCAAAGUAAAUAUCACAAACAUCAUGAUAAGAAGAAGCAGGCAUCUACAACUUCGACUCCUACAAAGAGAUCCACUAGGAUAUCAUCUUCGGCUAUGGGAACUGGAAAAGUAGUGAGGGAAGAAUUUGCUUCUCCUAGGAGUUUGAGAAAACAUGAAAAACCAUCAGAAAAAUCUGACACAUUUAGCAGCGGGAAACGUAGGAAAGUGGUGUGGAUGGAGGAAGAAGAUGAAGCACUCAAGGAAGGAGCAAAGAAAUAUAUGGAUGAAGAGAAAAUCCCUUGGAAAAAAAUCUUGGAAGAGAGCAGUAAGUUCGACCCUACUCGGACUCCAAAUGAUCUUAAGAAUAGAUGGAGGAACGGGAAAUUUGCGUAGUUUGGCUACUUGGAGGGUGGUGAUGAAGGUAUAUAUGGACAGAAAGGCUCUUGGCUCUCAAAUCUCUUCCUUGUAUGACAUAUUUUGCUUGCUCUUAUCAGUGGUCUGCUUUUUUUUGAUUAAA